AUGCCAAGCGUCCGUCACGCGGCCAAAGCAGCGCUGGGUGGAGUGCGAGCCCCCGCACUGCUCACCAGCGCGGUCGCCGGUACGGAGGACGUAGCCGCCCCGCUCCGAAGAGCCACCCGGACUAGCUCCACCUCCUCCGUGGCCAUCUCCGCCCCCGCCGCCACCGCCUCCUCCUCCGCUCCCGCCGCCACCGCUGCCGCCGCCUCCGCCGCCACCGCCGCCACCGAAGCCCCCACCCCCGCCACCACUCCCACCACCACCCCCACUCCCUCCGCCUCCUCCACCUCCACCGCCCCCGCCAGCCCCUCCAGCGCCCUUGCCCCCCUUGCCCUUGCCGGUGCGGCGUCCUCCGCUAGGGGGAGACGCAGCGCCGACCGACUUGGUGCCAACGAAGUCGACGGUAGCAGCAGAGGCAACAGAGGGCAAAAGGGGGGAGGGGGAGCACCCCUCAAAGAUAGGGGCAUGCGGGUCACCUCGAGAGGCUCCUAA